AGGAGCAGCAGCACAGAAAAAAAAAAGUUUAAAUCAACUCAGAGCAGAGGAGGGCGGGAGAGAGGGGGAAGAAAACGCCCUGGAAACUUUGGUUGAUCGAGAAAAAGGAAAAGAGUGACAGGAUCCUAACAGACUACACAGUUGUGACUGGAAGAAGUGCUUUUCUUGGGCUGGGGUGAAGGGAACAGGACACGUUUUCAAGGAUGCUCAAGCUGGUGUGAGGCUUCUUGGGCGCAUAGCGUACAGAAGCCAAGAAUACAAGAACCACAGCAUCAGACUGAAGGCCUUGGCCUUGCUUGAGCAAUCCAAGGAAAGAUAGAGUUUCCAACACACCAGGGCUAAAAUAGAGUAAAGCAAAACAAGAUGGCUGAAGAGGAGGAAACCAGAGAGGUGCUCUUUCCAGAUUGGGAGGGCCCAGACAAAACUGGCUUGACCAUUGAACAGACAAGUGGAGGAGAGAUCUUUAUCAAGGAGGUGAAAGGAGAGUCACCUGCAGCACGGUGUGGAAACGUAUAUGAAGGUGACCAGAUUGUGGGUGCCACUGUCUACUUUGAUAACAUGAGUUCAGAAGAAAGAGCUGACCUACUAAAGACAUUGGGCUGCCACAAGGUUGGACUGAAACUACAAAACAAAGAAAAAUCCCCCUACUGCUCGCCCUUGAGCACACCAUGUCGUUCACCAAUCAGCACCCUCACAUGGGAAGGGAAGAGCAGGUUAGGAGGUUCCAGUCCAGACAUCAUCCUUAGUGGGGAGGAUGAGGACUAUAAGAGAAUAUAUACAAAGAAGAUUAAACCAAGGCUGAAGUCUGAAGACCUUGCAGAGGGAGUAGAUGUUCGCACAGAGCGGCAUAGCAGCACAAGCAGCGAUGGCAGCACAAUUACGACCAUCACCCGCCGCAUCACCACCUACACCGUGGAUAUGCCGGUUGGCACAAGUGAGCAACUUGAACUUUCAAGCCCAGAGUUCAAGGGGCCAAGGCAUGAAUCUCAAGAUGGCUCUCCUCGUAAACAAAUCUUCCAAGGCAGCCCUUCAGGUAAAGUUGGAGCAGAAGAGGGAGUUUUUGAGUCAAGCUAUGUCUCUUACACUGGGCCAAAAGUUAGCUUCACAGAAACAGGACGGGGCAGUGGGAAAGAUCAGAUCACAACAACUACAAGUGAGCUAGAAGAAGAUGAAGGGCCUCGCUUCGGGGGAACAGGGGAUAAAGGCCAGAGGGGCUUUGAGAUCUCAAGAGGGAGUGGGGAGCAAGGUGAUGGAAGCAUUCAGUCAGGAAGAGACAUUACACAAAGAGACUGCACAAACACUGGUAAUAGGUGGGUUACAUUAGGAGGGUUGGGAGGUGCAGAAGUAACCUCAGCUGAUGAGAACGGAGGGUCAAUUGGUAUUUCUUUACCAGGAAAAAGCAUGCAGAUUCGGACACAGGAGGGAAGGCUUGACACCUGUUUAGGUGAGAGGACAAAGAUAAAGGAAUCUGAAACUACCAUUAGUCACCCGCAGGCAAAGGGACCAGGCAGCACUGUUAUCGCAAAUGUCAGACUAGGAGGACAAGCAACCACAGUUGGCAAUGUUACCACAGGAUAUUCCUCAGGGAAGGGCAACAUUCCAAUGGCAGGUGACGAUGUCAACAUUACAGGUUCACAGUUGAAAGGUGGGGUUGGUGUUAGCCUGCCAAGCACAAAAGGAGGAAUAAAAGCACCUGUAAAACACACUGAAGUUCCAGGGUAUACGAAUGAGGGCACUGUGAGUGGCAUAAAAACGUUGCAAAAACCAAUACUAGACAUCCAAGGGAAAGUACCUGAAGUAGACAUCAAAGGUCCACAGGUUGAUAUUGAAGGAUCAAAGGGUGGAUUUGAAAUGCCUAAAAUCAAUCAAUCCUUCAACUUAAAAGGUCCCAAAGUUGAGGGUCCAGAUAUGGAUCUAAGCAUUGAUGUCAAAGCACCCAGUGUUGACAUUCAAGGUCCAGAAGUUGACAUUGAAGGACAGAAUGUAAAACUCAAAGGAACCAAAUUCACCAUGCCAACCCUAUCAGGACCAGAAAUCUCCAUGCCAAAUGUGGAUUUCCAUCUGAAAGGUCAAAAACUCAAAGAGAAUGUUGAUGCAUCAGCUCCAAAGAUAGACAGAGACAUAAAAACACCUGAUGUUAGAGGUCCACAGGUAAAUAUUAAGGGGACAAAAAGUGGGUUUGGAAUGCCUGACCUCAAAAUCCCAUCAAUUUGCUUGAAAGGAGCAAAGGCUGAAGGGUCAGAUGUGGAUAUAAACCUUCCGAAAGUAAUCACUGACAUGAAGACACCUGAAGUUGACAUCAAAGGGCCGGAUGUUGAUAUUGAAGGCCCCAAAGGUGGAUUUGAAAUGCCUAAAAUCAAAAAGCCAUCAUAUGCCUUCAAAGGUCCAAAAGUCGAGGUUCCAGAUGUUGAUGUAAACCUUCCCACAGCUAUUAUCGAUGUUAAUGCUCCUGAAGUGGAUAUCAAAGGACCAGAUUUUGACAUUGAUAGUCCAAGUGCUACAAUCAAAGGACCCAAGUUCGGCAUGCCAAGCAUUUCAGGACCGCAACUUUCCAAGCCAGUUGUGGAUGUCCAACUGAAAGGUCCCAAAAUAAAAGGUGAUGUGGAUAUGUCAGUGCCAAAUAUAAAAGGAGACAUGAAAACACCUGGAGUUGACAUCAAAGGUCCACAGGUUGAGAUUGAAGGUCCCAAAGGUGGAUUUGAAAUGCCUAAAAUCAAAAUGCCAUCAUUUGGCUUCAAAGGUCCAAAAAUGGAGGUUCCAGAUGUUGAUGUAAACCUUCCCAAAGCUGAUAUUAACAUUGAAGCACCUGAGGUUGAUAUCAAAGUGCCAGAAUUUGAUGUUGAAGGUCCUGAUGCUAAAUUGAAAGGACCCAAAAUCCAACUUCCAUCGAUAAAAGGACCCAAACUGCCAGAAUGGGAUGUGAGUCUGAAAGGGCCCAACGUGAAGGGAGAUUUCGAUGUCUCAGUUCCAAAGAUUAAGGGCGCAAUAAAAGCUCCAAAGGUUGAUAUCGAAGGACCAGAUGUUGACAUAGAAGGCCACAAAGGAGGCUUUAAAAUGCCAACAUUUAAAAUGCCAUCCUUUGGGCUUAAAGGAUCCAAUGUUGAAGGGCCAGCAGUUGAUGUCAGCCUACCGAAAGCAGAUCUUGAAUUGAAUGCCCCUAACUUGGAUAUCAAAGGACCAGAUUACAACAUUGACAGCCCAGGUGGUAAAAUCAAAGGACCCAAAUUCAGCAUGCCAAAUAUUUCAGGCCCAAAACCUUCCAUGCCAGAUGUGGAUUUCCGUAUGAAAGGUUCCAAAAUAAAAGGGGAUGUGGAUAUGUCAGUGCCAAAGAUAAAGGGAGACAUGAAAACACCUGAAGUUGACAUCAAAGGUCCACAGGUUGAUAUUGAAGGUCCCAAAGGUGGAUUUGAAAUGCCUAACAUCAAAAUGCCAUCAUUUGACAUCAAAGGUCCAAAAGUCGAGGUUCCAGAUGUUGAUGUAAACCUUCCCAAAGCUGAUGUUAACAUUGAAGCACCUGAGGUUGAUAUCAAAGGUCCCAAAGGUGGAUUUGAAAUGCCAAAAAUCAAAAUGCCAUCAAUAUCAGGACCCAACUUGCCAGAUUGGGAUAAGAGUCUGAAAGGUCCCAAAAUAAAGGGAGAUGUGGAUAUGUCAGUGCCAAAGAUAAAGGGAGACAUGAAAACACCUGAAGUUGACAUCAAAGGUCCACAGGUUGAUAUUAAAGGUCCCAAAGGUGGAUUUGAAAUGCCUAAAAUCAAAAUGCCAUCAAUUGACUUCAAAAGUCCAAAGGUCAAGGUUCCAGAUGUUGAUGUAAACCUUCCCAAAGCUGAUAUUAACAUUGAAGCACCUGAGGUUGAUAUCAAAGGGCCUGAAUUUGAUGUUGAAGGUCCUGAUGCUAAAUUGAAAGGACCCAAAAUCCAACUGCCAUCAAUAAAAGGACCCAAACUGCCAGAAUGGGAUGUGAGUCUGAAAGGGCCCAAAAUGAAGGGAGAUUUCGAUGUGUCAGUUCCAAAGAUUAAGGGCGAGAUAAAAGCUCCAAAGGUUGAUAUCGAAGGACCAGAUGUUGACAUAGAAGGCCACAAAGGAGGCUUUAAAAUGCCAACAUUUAAAAUGCCAUCCUUUGGGCUUAAAGGAUCAAAUGUUGAAGGGCCAGCAGUUGAUGUCAGCCUACCCAAAGCAGAUCUUGAAUUGAAUGCCCCUAACUUGGAUAUCAAAGGACCAGAUUAUGGCAUUGACAGCCCAAGUGGUAAAAUCAAAGGACCCAAAUUCAACAUGCCAAGCAUGUCAGACCCGAAACUUUCCAUGCCAGAUGUGGAUUUCCACCUGAAAGGUCCUAAAAUAAAAGGUGAUGUGGAUAUGUCAGUGCCAAAGAUAAAGGGGGACAUGAAAACACCUGAAGUUGACAUCAAAGGUCCACAGGUUGAUAUUGAAGGUCCCAAAGGUGGAUUUGAAAUGCCUAACAUCAAAAUACCAUCAUUUGGCUUCAAAGGUCCAAAAUUGGUUGGUCCAGAUGCUGAUAUAAACCUUCCCAAAGCUGAUAUUGAUAUUGAAGCACGGGGCGUUGAUAUUAAAGGGCCAGACUUUGAUGUUGAAGGUCCUGGUGCAAAAUUGAAAGGACCCAAAAUCAAACUGCCAUCAAUAUCAGGACCCAAACUGCCAGAAUGGGAUGUGAGUCUGAAAGGGCCCAAAAUGAAGGGAGAUUUCGAUGUGUCAGUUCCAAAGAUUGAGGGCGAUAUGAAAGCUCCAAAGGUUGAUAUCGAAGGACCAGAUGUUGACAUAGAAGGCCACAAAGGAGGCUUCAAAAUGCCAAAAUUUAAAAUGCCAUCCUUUGGGCUUAAAGGAUCCAAUGUUGAAGGGCCAGCAGUUGAUGUCAGCCUACCGAAAGCAGAUAUUGAAUUGAAUGCCCCUAACUUGGAUGUCAAAGGAACAGAUUAUGACAUUGACAGCCCAAGUGGUAAAAUCAAAGGACCCAAAUUCAGCAUGCCAAACAUUUCAGGACCGAACCUUUCCAUGCCAGAUGUGGAUUUCCACCUGAAAGGUCCCAAAAUAAAAGGUGAUGUGGACAUGUCAAUGCCAAAGAUAAAGGGAGACAUGAAAACACCUGAAGUUGACAUCAAAGGUCCACAGGUUGAUAUUGAAGGUCCCAAAGGUGGAUUUGAAAUGCCUAACAUCAAAAUGCCAUCAUUUGGCUUCAAAGGUCCAAAAUUGGUUGGUCCAGAUGUUGAUAUAAACCUUCCCAAAGCUGAUAUUGACAUUGAAGCACGGGGCGUUGAUAUUAAAGGGCCAGAAUUUGAUGUUGAAGGUCCUGAUGCAAAAUUGAAAAGACCCAAAAUCCAACUGCCAUCAAUAAAAGGACCCAAACUGCCAGAAUGGGAUGUGAGUCUGAAAGGGCCCAAAAUGAAGGGAGAUUUCGAUGUGUCAGUUCCAAAGAUUGAGGGCGAUAUGAAAGCUCCAACAGUUGAUAUCGAAGGACCAGAUGUUGACAUAGAAGGCCACAAAAGAGGCUUUAAAAUGCCAAAAAUUAAAAUGCCAUCCUUUGGGCUUAAAGGAUCCAAUGUUGAAGGGCCAGCAGUUGAUGUCAGUCUACCAAAAGCAGAUAUUGAAUUGAAUGCCCCUAACUUGGAUAUCAAAGGACCAGAUUGUGACAUUGACAGCCCAAGUGGUAAAAUCAAAGGACCCAAAUUCAACAUGCCAAACAUUUCAGGCCCGAAACUUUCCAUGCCAGAUGUGGAUUUCCACCUGAAAGGUCCUAAAAUGAAAGGUGAUGUGGAUAUGUCAGUGCCAAAGAUAAAGGGAGACAUGAAAACACCUGAAGUUGACAUCAAAGGUCCACAGGUUGAUAUUGAAGGUCCCAAAGGUGGAUUUGAAAUGCCUAACAUCAAAAUGCCAUCAUUUGGCUUCAAAGGUCCAAAAUUGGUUGGUCCAGACGUUGAUAUAAACCUUCCCAAAGCUGAUAUUGACAUUGAAGCACCUGGCAUUGACAUUAAAGGGCCUGAAUUUGAUGUUGAAGGUCCUGAUGCAAAAUUGAAAGGACCCAAAUUCCAACUGCCAUCAAUAAAAGGACCCAAACUGCCAGAAUGGGAUAUGAGUCUGAAAGGGCCUAAAAUGAAGGGAGAUUUCGAUGUGUCAGUUCCAAAGAUUGAGGGCGAUAUGAAAGCUCCAACGGUUGACAUCGAAGGACCAGAUGUUGAUAUAGAAGGCCACAAAGGAGGCUUUAAAAUGCCAAAAUUUAAAAUGCCAUCCUUUGGGCUUAAAGGAUCCAAUGUUGAAGGGCCAGCAGUUGAUGUCAGCCUACCCAAAGCAGAUCUUGAAUUGAAUGCCCCUAACUUGGAUAUCAAAGGACCAGAUUAUGACAUUGACAGCCCAAGUGGUAAAAUCAAAGGACCCAAAUUCAGCAUGCCAAACAUUUCAGGCCCGCAACUUUCCAUGCCAGAUGUGGAUUUCCACCUGAAAGGUCCCAAAAUAAAAGGUGAUGUGGAUAUGUCAGUGCCAAAGAUAAAGGGAGACAUGAAAACACCUGAAAUUGACAUCAAAGGUCCACAGGUUGAUAUUGAAGGUCCCAAAGGUGGAUUUGAAAUGCCUAAAAUCAAAAUGCCAUCAUUCGGCUUCAAAGGUCCAAAAAUGGAUUUUCCAGAUGUUGAUGUAAACCUUCCUAAAGCAGACAUUGAUGUUAAAGUACCUGAUGUUGACAUUAAAGGAAUGGACUUUGAUGUUGAAGGUCCUGAUGCAAAAUUGAAAGGACCCAAAAUCAAACUGCCAUCAAUAUCAGGACCCAAACUGCCAGAAUGGGAUGUGAGUCUGAAAGGGCCCAAAAUGAAGGGAGAUUUCGAUGUGUCAGUUCCAAAGAUUGAGGGCGAUAUGAAAGCUCCAAAGGUUGAUAUCGAAGGACCAGAUUUUGACAUAGAAGGCCACAAAGGAGGCUUCAAAAUGCCAAAAUUUAAAAUGCCAUCCUUUGGGCUUAAAGGAUCCAAUGUUGAAGGGCCAGCAGUUGAUGUCAGCCUACCCAAAGCAGACAUUGAAUUGAAUGCCCCUAACUUGGAUGUCAAAGGACCAGAUUAUGACAUUGAAAGCCCAAGUGGUAAAAUCAAAGGACCCAAAUUCAGCAUGCCACACAUUUCAGGACCGAACCUUUCCAUGCCAGAUGUGGAUUUCCACCUGAAAGGUCCCAAAAUAAAAGGUGAUGUGGACAUGUCAAUGCCAAAGAUAAAGGGAGACAUGAAAACACCUGAAAUUGACAUCAAAGGUCCACAGGUUGAUAUUGAAGGUCCCAAAGGUGGAUUUGAAAUGCCUAACAUCAAAAUGCCAUCAUUUGGCUUCAAAGGUCCAAAAAUGGAGGUUCCAGAUGUUGAUGUCAACCUUCCCAAAGCUAAUAUUGAUGUUAAUGCUCCUAAAGUGGAUAUCAAAGGACCAAAUUUUGACAUUGAUAGUUCAAGUGGUAAAAUCAAAGGACCCAAGUUCGACAUGCCAAGUAUUUCAGUACCAAAACUUUCCAUGCCAGAUGUGGAUUUCCAUCUGAAAGGUCCCAAAACAAAAGGUGAUGUGGAUAUGUCAGUGCCAAAUAUAAAGGGAGACAUGAAAACACCUGAAGUUGACAUCAAAGGUCCACAGGUUGAUAUUGAAGGUCCCAAAGGUGGAUUUGAAAUGCCGAAAAUCAAAAUGCCAUCAUUUGGCUUCAAAGCUCCAAAAAUGGAGGUUCCAGAUGUUGAUAUAAACCUUCCCAAAGCUGAUAUUGACAUUGAAGCACCUGGCAUUGAUAUUAAAGGGCCUGAAUUUGAUGUUGAAGGUCCUGAUGCUAAAUUGAAAGGACCCAAAAUCCAACUGCCAUCAAUAAAAGGACCCAAACUGCCAGAAUGGGAUCUGAGUCUGAAAGGGCCCAAAAUGAAGGGAGAUUUCGAUGUGUCAGUUCCAAAGAUUGAGGGCGAUAUGAAAGCUCCAAAGAUUGAUAUUGAAGGACCAGAUGUUGACAUAGAAGGCCACAAAGGAGGCUUUAAAAUGCCAAAACUUAAAAUGCCAUCCUUUGGGCUUAAAGGAUCAAAUGUUGAAGGGCCAGCAGUUGAUGUCAGCCUACCCAAAGCUGAUAUUGACAUUAACGCUCCUGGCGUGGAUAUCAAAGGAGUAGAUAUUGACGUUGAGAGUCCAAGUGGUAAAUUCAAAGGACCCAAAUUCAACAUGCCAAGCAUUUCAGGCCCGCAACUUUCCAUGCCAGAUGUGGAUUUCCACCUGAAAGGUCCCAAAAUAAAAGGUGAUGUGGAUAUGUCAGUUCCAAAGUUAAAGGGAGACAUACAAAAACCUGAAGUUGACAUCAAAGGUCCACAGAUUGAUAUCGAAGGGACAAAGGGUGGAUUUGAAAUGCCUAAAAUUCAAAUGCCAUCAAUAUCAGGGCCAAAUCUGCCAGAAAUGGAUUUCAGUCUAAAAGGACCCAAGAUAAAGGGAGAUGUUGCCAUUCCAAAGAUUGAAGGAGACAUGAAAACACCUGCAUUUGAGAUCAAAGGUCCUCAGUUACCAAAAAUAUCUGGACCAAAAAUAUCAUUGCCAAAUGUUGACAUCAAUCUGAAAGGGCCAAAGUUGAAAGGUGAUUUGAAAGGGGAUGUUCAACUGCCAAAAGCUGAACUUGAGGGUCCAGAUGUUACAAUUGACGUUCCAGAAAUGGGCACAAAGAAAUCUAAAUUCAAAAUGCCAAAGUUUGGAUUUAAGAGCCCAAAGAUAAAGGCACCAGAAACUGAUUUGGAAAUGGUGAAGGGGGAUAUCAGCAUCAAAGGGAAGACUGGUAGCUCUGAACGUCUUGAUCUUGAUCUUGGAUUGACUGGUUCGAAAACGAAGGGACAUAAAUUCAAGAUGCCAAGAUUUGGUUUCAAAGCCCCAAAGGUUGAAAUGCCAGAAGUUGACAUAAAUCUUCCCAAAGCUGGCAUUGACAUGAAAAAUCCCAAUCUUGACAUUGAAGGACCAGAUGUUAAAAUUGACACUCCAGAUGUAAAAGUCAAGGGAACAAAAAUUAAAAAGCCAACAAUCACAGGACCAAAAAUGUCGAUGCCAGAUGUGGAUUUCAAUCUGAAAAGUCCCAAACUAAAGGGUGAUAUGAAUGUGUCAUCUCCAAAGAUAGAAGGAGACAUAAAAACACCUGAAGUUGACAUCAAAGGUCCACAGAUUGAUAUUGAAGGUCCCAAAGGUGGAUUUGAAAUGCCUAACAUCAAAAUGCCAUCAUUUGGCUUCAAAGGUCCAAAAGUGGAGGUUCCAGAUGUUGAUGUAAACCUUCCCAAAGCUAAUAUUGAUGUUAGCGCUGUGGACGUUGAUAUCAAAGGACCAGAUUUUGACAUUGAGAGUCCAAGUGGUAAAAUAAGAGGACCCAAGUUCAGCAUGCCAAACAUUUCAGGACCGAAACUUUCCAUGCCAGAUGUGGAUUUCCACCUGAAAGGUCCCAAAAUAAAAGGUGAUGUGGACAUGUCAGUGCCAAAGAUAAAGGGAGACAUGAAAACACCUGAAGUAGACAUCAAAGGUCCACAGGUUGAUAUUGAAGGUUCCAAAGGUGGAUUUGAAAUGCCUAAAAUCAAAAUGCCAUCAUUUGGCUUCAAAGGUCCAAAAAUGGAGGUUCCAGAUGUUGAUGUAAACCUUCCUACAGCAGACAUUGGUUUUAAAUUACCUGAUGUUGACAUUAAAGGGACUGACUUUGAUGGUGAUUGUCCAGAUGCAAAAUUGAAAGGACCCAAAAUCCAACUGCCAUCACUAUCAGGACCCAAACUGCCAGAAUGGGAUGUGAGUCUGAAAGGGCCCAAAAUGAAGGGAGAUUUCGAUGUGUCAGUUCCAAAGAUUGAGGGCGAUAUGAAAGCUCCAACAGUUGAUAUCGAAGGACCAGAUGUCGACAUUGAUGGCCACAAAUCAGGCUUCAAAAUGCCAAAACUUAAAAUGCCUUCCUUUGGGCUUAAAGGAUCCAAUGUUGAAGGGCCAGCAGUUGAUGUCAGCCUACCCAAAGCAGAUAUUGAAUUGAAUGCCCCUAACUUGGAUAUCAAAGGACCAGAUUAUGACAUUAACAGCCCAAGUGGUAAAAUCAAAGGACCCAAAUUCAACAUGCCAAGCAUUUCAGGCCCAACACUUUCCAUGCCAGAUGUGGAUUUCCACCUGAAAGGUCCCAAAAUAAAAGGUGAUGUGGAUAUGUCAGUGCCAAAGAUAAAGGGAGACAUGAAAACACCUGAAAUUGACAUCAAAGGUCCACAGGUUGAUAUUGAAGGUCCCAAAGGUGGAUUUGAAAUGCCUAACAUCAAAAUGCCAUCAUUUGGCUUCAAAGGUCCAAAAUUGGUUGGUCCAGAUGUUGAUAUAAACCUUCCCAAAGCUGAUAUUGACAUUGAAGCACCUGGCAUUGAUAUGAAAGGGCCAGAAUUUGAUGUUGAAGGCCCGGAAGCAAAAUUGAAAGGACCCAAAUUCCAACUGCCAUCAAUAAAAGGACCCAAACUGCCAGAAUGGGAUCUGAGUCUGAAAGGGCCCAAAAUGAAGGGAGAUUUCGAUGUGUCAGUUCCAAAGAUUGAGGGCGAUAUGAAAGCUCCAACAGUUGACAUCGAAGGACCAGAUGUUGACAUAGAAGGCCACAAAGGAGGCUUUAAAAUGCCAAAAUUUAAAAUGCCAUCCUUUGGGCUUAAAGGAUCCAAUGUUGAAGGGCCAGCAGUUGAUGUCAGCCUACCCAAAGCAGAUAUUGAAUUGAAUGCCCCUAAGUUGGAUAUCAAAGGACCAGAUUAUGACAUUGACAGCCCAAGUGGUAAAAUCAAAGGACCCAAAUUCAACAUGCCAAGCAUUUCAGGCCCGAAUCUUUCCAUGCCAGAUGUGGAUUUCCACCUGAAAGGUCCCAAAAUAAAAGGUGAUGUGGAUAUGUCAGUGCCAAAGAUAAAGGGAGACAUGAAAACACCUGAAGUUGACAUCAAAGGUCCACAGGUUGAUAUUGAAGGUCCCAAAGGUGGAUUUGAAAUGCCUAACAUCAAAAUGCCAUCAUUUGGCUUCAAAGGUCCAAAAUUGGUCGGUCCAGAUGUUGAUAUAAACCUUCCCAAAGCUGAUAUUGACAUUGAAGCACCUGGCAUUGAUAUUAAAGGGCCUGAAUUUGAUGUUGAAGGUCCUGAUGCAAAAUUGAAAGGACCCAAAUUCCAACUGCCAUCAAUAAAAGGACCCAAAAUGCCAGAUUGGGAUCUGAGUCUGAAAGGGCCCAACGUGAAGGGAGAUUUCGAUGUGUCAGUUCCAAAGAUUGAGGGAGAUAUGAAAGCUCCAACGGUUGACAUCGAAGGACCAGAUGUUGAUAUAGAAGGCCACAAAGGAGGCUUUAAAAUGCCAAAAUUUAAAAUGCCAUCCUUUGGGCUUAAAGGAUCCAAUGUUGAAGGGCCAGCAGUUGAUGUCAGCCUACCCAAAGCAGAUAUUGAAUUGAAUGCCCCUAAAUUGGAUAUCAAAGGACCAGAUUAUGACAUUGACAGCCCAAGUGGUAAAAUCAAAGGACCCAAAUUCAACAUGCCAAGUAUUUCAGGACCGAAACUUUCCAUGCCAGAUGUGGAUUUCCACCUGAAAGGUCCUAAAAUAAAAGGUGAUGUGGAUAUGUCAGUGCCAAAGAUAAAGGGAGACAUGAAAACACCUGAAGUUGACAUCAAAGGUCCACAGGUUGAUAUUGAAGGUCCCAAAGGUGGAUUUGAAAUGCCUAACAUCAAAAUGCCAUCAUUUGGCUUCAAAGGUCCAAAAUUGGCUGGUCCAGAUGUUGAUAUAAACCUUCCCAAAGCUGAUAUUGACAUUGAAGCACCUGGCAUUGAUAUUAAAGGGCCUGAAUUUGAUGUUGAAGGUCCUGAUGCAAAAUUGAAAGGACCCAAAUUCCAACUGCCAUCAAUAAAAGGACCCAAAAUGCCAGAUUGGGAUCUGAGUCUGAAAGGACCCAACGUGAAGGGAGAUUUCGAUGUGUCAGUUCCAAAGAUUGAGGGCGAUAUGAAAUCUCCAAAGGUUGACAUCGAAGGACCAGAUGUUGACAUAGAAGGCCACAAAGGAGGCUUCAAAAUGCCAAAAUUUAAAAUGCCAUCCUUUGGGCUUAAAGGAUCCAAUGUUGAAGGGCCAGCAGUUGAUGUCAGCCUACCCAAAGCAGAUAUUGAAUUGAAUGCCCCCAAGUUGGAUAUCAAAGGACCAGAUUAUGACAUUGACAGCCCAAGUGGUAAAAUCAAAGGACCCAAAUUCAACAUGCCAAGCAUUUCAGGACCGAAACUUUCCAUGCCAGAUGUGGAUUUCCACCUGAAAGGUCCUAAAAUAAAAGGUGAUGUGGAUAUGUCAGUGCCAAAGAUAAAGGGAGACAUGAAAACACCUGAAGUUGACAUCAAAGGUCCACAGGUUGAUAUUGAAGGUCCCAAAGGUGGAUUUGAAAUGCCUAACAUCAAAAUGCCAUCAUUUGGCUUCAAAGGUCCAAAAUUGGCUGGUCCAGAUGUUGAUAUAAACCUUCCCAAAGCUGAUAUUGACAUUGAAGCACCUGGCAUUGAUAUUAAAGGGCCUGAAUUUGAUGUUGAAGGUCCUGAUGCAAAAUUGAAAGGACCCAAAUUCCAACUGCCAUCAAUAAAAGGACCCAAAAUGCCAGAAUGGGAUCUGAGUCUGAAAGGACCCAACGUGAAGGGAGAUUUCGAUGUGUCAGUUCCAAAGAUUGAGGGCGAUAUGAAAUCUCCAAAGGUUGACAUCGAAGGACCAGAUGUUGACAUAGAAGGCCACAAAGGAGGCUUCAAAAUGCCAAAAUUUAAAAUGCCAUCCUUUGGGCUUAAAGGAUCCAAUGUUGAAGGGCCAGCAGUUGAUGUCAGCCUACCCAAAGCAGAUAUUGAAUUGAAUGCCCCUAACUUGGAUAUCCAAGGACCAGAUUAUGACAUUGACAGCCCAAGUGGUAAAAUCAAAGGACCCAAAUUCAGCAUGCCACACAUUUCAGGACCGAACCUUUCCAUGCCAGAUGUGGAUUUCCACCUGAAAGGUCCUAAAAGAAAAGGUGGUGUGGAUAUGUCAGUGCCAAAGAUAAAGGGAGACAUGAAAACACCUGAAGUUGACAUCAAAGGUCCACAGAUUGAUAUUGAAGGUCCCAAAGGUGGAUUUGAAAUGCCUAACAUCAAAAUGCCAUCAUUUGGCUUCAAAGGUCCAAAAUUGGUUGGUCCAGAUGUUGAUAUAAACCUUCCCAAAGCUGAUAUUGACAUUGAAGCACCUGGCAUUGAUAUUAAAGGGCCUGAAUUUGAUGUUGAAGGUCCUGAUGCAAAAUUGAAAGGACCCAAAUUCCAACUGCCAUCAAUAAAAGGACCCAAAAUGCCAGAUUGGGAUCUGAGUCUGAAAGGGCCCAACGUGAAGGGAGAUUUCGAUGUGUCAGUUCCAAAGAUUGAGGGAGAUAUGAAAGCUCCAACGGUUGACAUCGAAGGACCAGAUGUUGAUAUAGAAGGCCACAAAGGAGGCUUUAAAAUGCCAAAAUUUAAAAUGCCAUCCUUUGGGCUUAAAGGAUCCAAUGUUGAAGGGCCAGCAGUUGAUGUCAGCCUACCCAAAGCAGAUAUUGAAUUGAAUGCCCCUAAGUUGGAUAUCAAAGGACCAGAUUAUGACAUUGACAGCCCAAGUGGUAAAAUCAAAGGACCCAAAUUCAACAUGCCAAGCAUUUCAGGCCCGAAUCUUUCCAUGCCAGAUGUGGAUUUCCACCUGAAAGGUCCUAAAAUAAAAGGUGAUGUGGACAUGUCAGUGCCAAAGAUAAAGGGAGACAUGAAAACACCUGAAGUUGACAUCAAAGGUCCACAGGUUGAUAUUGAAGGUCCCAAAGGUGGAUUUGAAAUGCCUAACAUCAAAAUGCCAUCAUUUGGCUUCAAAGGUCCAAAAUUGGUUGGUCCAGAUGUUGAUAUAAACCUUCCCAAAGCUGAUAUUGACAUUGAAGCACCUGGCAUUGAUAUUAAAGGGCCUGAAUUUGAUGUUGAAGGUCCUGAUGCAAAAUUGAAAGGACCCAAAUUCCAACUGCCAUCAAUAAAAGGACCCAAAAUGCCAGAUUGGGAUCUGAGUCUGAAAGGACCCAACGUGAAGGGAGAUUUCGAUGUGUCAGUUCCAAAGAUUGAGGGCGAUAUGAAAUCUCCAAAGGUUGACAUCGAAGGACCAGAUGUUGACAUAGAAGGCCACAAAGGAGGCUUCAAAAUGCCAAAAUUUAAAAUGCCAUCCUUUGGGCUUAAAGGAUCCAAUGUUGAAGGGCCAGCAGUUGAUGUCAGCCUACCCAAAGCAGAUAUUGAAUUGAAUGCCCCUAACUUGGAUAUCCAAGGACCAGAUUAUGACAUUGACAGCCCAAGUGGUAAAAUCAAAGGACCCAAAUUCAGCAUGCCACACAUUUCAGGACCGAACCUUUCCAUGCCAGAUGUGGAUUUCCACCUGAAAGGUCCUAAAAUAAAAGGUGGUGUGGAUAUGUCAGUGCCAAAGAUAAAGGGAGACAUGAAAACACCUGAAGUUGACAUCAAAGGUCCACAGAUUGAUAUUGAAGGUCCCAAAGGUGGAUUUGAAAUGCCUAACAUCAAAAUGCCAUCAUUUGGCUUCAAAGGUCCAAAAUUGGUUGGUCCAGAUGUUGAUAUAAACCUUCCCAAAGCUGAUAUUGACAUUGAAGCACCUGGCAUUGAUAUUAAAGGGCCAGAAUUUGAUGUUGAAGGUCGUGAAGCAAAAUUGAAAGGACCCAAAAUCCAACUGCCAUCAAUAAAAGGACCCAAAAUGCCAGAUUGGGAUCUGAGUCUGAAAGGGCCCAAAAUGAAGGGAGAUUUCGAUGUGUCAGUUCCAAAGAUUGAGGGCGAUAUGAAAGCUCCAACAGUUGAUAUCGAAGGACCAGAUGUUGACAUAGAAGGCCACAAAGGAGGCUUUAAAAUGCCAAAAUUUAAAAUGCCAUCCUUUGGGCUUAAAGGAUCGAAUGUUGAAGGGCCAGCAGUUGAUGUCAGCCUACCCAAAGCAGAUAUUGAAUUGAAUGCCCCAAACGUGGAUAUCAAAGGACCAGACUAUGACAUUGACAGCCCAAGUGGUAAAAUCAAAGGACCCAAAUUCAACAUGCCAAGCAUUUCAGGCCCGAAACUUUCCAUGCCAGAUGUGGAUUUCCACCUGAAAGGUCCUAAAAUAAAAGGUGAUGUGGAUAUGUCAGUGCCAAAGAUAAAGGGAGACAUGAAAACACCUGAAGUUGACAUCAAAGGUCCACAGGUUGAUAUUGAAGGUCCCAAAGGUGGAUUUGAAAUGCCUAAAAUCAAAAUGCCAUCAUUCGGCUUCAAAGGUCCAAAAAUGGAUUUUCCAGAUGUUGAUGUAAACCUUCCUAAAGCAGACAUUGAUGUUAAAGUACCUGAUGUUGACAUUAAAGGAAUGGACUUUGAUGUUGAAGGUCCUGAUGCAAAAUUGAAAGGACCCAAAAUCAAACUGCCAUCAAUAUCAGGACCCAAACUGCCAGAAUGGGAUGUGAGUCUGAAAGGGCCCAAAAUGAAGGGAGAUUUCGAUGUGUCAGUUCCAAAGAUUGAGGGCGAUAUGAAAGCUCCAAAGGUUGAUAUCGAAGGACCAGAUUUUGACAUAGAAGGCCACAAAGGAGGCUUCAAAAUGCCAAAAUUUAAAAUGCCAUCCUUUGGGCUUAAAGGAUCCAAUGUUGAAGGGCCAGCAGUUGAUGCCAGCCUACCCAAAGCAGACAUUGAAUUGAAUGCCCCUAACUUGGAUGUCAAAGGACCAGAUUAUGACAUUGAAAGCCCAAGUGGUAAAAUCAAAGGACCCAAAUUCAGCAUGCCACACAUUUCAGGACCGAACCUUUCCAUGCCAGAUGUGGAUUUCCACCUGAAAGGUCCCAAAAUAAAAGGUGAUGUGGACAUGUCAAUGCCAAAGAUAAAGGGAGACAUGAAAACACCUGAAGUUGACAUCAAAGGUCCACAUGUUGAUAUUGAAGGUCCCAAAGGUGGAUUUGAAAUGCCUAAAAUCAAAAUGCCAUCAUUUGGCUUCAAAGGUCCAAAAAUGGAUUUUCCAGAUGUUGAUGUAAACCUUCCUAAAGCAGACAUUGAUGUUAAAGUACCUGAUGUUGACAUUAAAGGAAUGGACUUUGAUGUUGAAGGUCCUGAUGCAAAAUUGAAAGGACCCAAAAUCAAACUGCCAUCAAUAUCAGGACCCAAACUGCCAGAAUGGGAUGUGAGUCUGAAAGGGCCCAAAAUGAAGGGAGAUUUCGAUGUGUCAGUUCCAAAGAUUGAGGGCGAUAUGAAAGCUCCAAAGGUUGAUAUCGAAGGACCAGAUUUUGACAUAGAAGGCCACAAAGGAGGCUUCAAAAUGCCAAAAUUUAAAAUGCCAUCCUUUGGGCUUAAAGGAUCAAAUGUUGAAGGGCCAGCAGUUGAUGUCAGCCUACCGAAAGCAGAUAUUGACUUGAAUGCCCCUAACUUGGAUGUCAAAGGACCAGAUUAUGACAUUGACAGCCCAAGUGGUAAAAUCAAAGGACCCAAAUUCAGCAUGCCACACAUUUCAGGACCGAACCUUUCCAUGCCAGAUGUGGAUUUCCACCUGAAAGGUCCCAAAAUAAAAGGUGAUGUGGACAUGUCAAUGCCAAAGAUAAAGGGAGACAUGAAAACACCUGAAAUUGACAUCAAAGGUCCACAGAUUGAUAUUGAAGGUCCCAAAGGUGGAUUUGAAAUGCCUAACAUCAAAAUGCCAUCAUUUGGCUUCAAAGGUCCAAAAUUGGUUGGUCCAGAUGUUGAUAUAAACCUUCCCAAAGCUGAUAUUGACAUUGAAGCACCUGGCAUUGAUAUUAAAGGGCCAGACUUUGAUGUUGAAGGUCGUGAAGCAAAAUUGAAAGGACCCAAAUUCCAACUGCCAUCAAUAAAAGGACCCAAACUGCCAGAAUGGGAUAUGAGUCUGAAAGGGCCUAAAAUGAAGGGAGAUUUCGAUGUGUCAGUUCCAAAGAUUGAGGGCGAUAUGAAAGCUCCAAAGGUUGACAUCGAAGGACCAGAUAUUGACAUAGAAGGCCACAAAGGAGGCUUUAAAAUGCCAAAAUUUAAAAUGCCAUCCUUUGGGCUUAAAGGAUCCAAUGUUGAAGGUCCAGCAGUUGAUGUCAGCCUACCCAAAUCAGAUAUUGAAUUGAAUGCCCCUAACUUGGAUAUUCAAGGACCAGAUUAUGAAAUUGACAGCCCAAGUGGUAAAAUCAAAGGACCCAAAUUCAACAUGCCAAGCAUUUCAGGACCGAAGCUUUCCAUGCCAGAUGUGGAUUUCCACCUGAAAGGUCCUAAAAUAAAAGGUGAUGUGGAUAUGUCAGUGCCAAAGAUAAAGGGAGACAUGAAAACACCUGAAGUUGACAUCAAAGGUCCACAGGUUGAUAUUGAAGGUCCCAAAGGUGGAUUUGAAAUGCCUAACAUCAAAAUGCCAUCAUUUGGCUUCAAAGGUCCAAAAUUGGUUGGUCCAGAUGUUGAUAUAAACCUUCCCAAAGCUGAUAUUGACAUUGAAGCACCUGGCAUUGAUAUUAAAGGGCCUGAAUUUGAUGUUGAAGGUCCUGAUGCAAAAUUGAAAGGACCCAAAUUCCAACUGCCAUCAAUAAAAGGACCCAAAAUGCCAGAUUGGGAUCUGAGUCUGAAAGGGCCCAAAAUGAAGGGAGAUUUCGAUGUGUCAGUUCCAAAGAUUGAGGGCGAUAUGAAAGCUCCAAAGGUUGACAUCGAAGGACCAGAUGUUGACAUAGAAGGCCACAAAGGAGGCUUCAAAAUGCCAAAAUUUAAAUUGCCAUCCUUUGGGCUUAAAGGAUCCAAUGUUGAAGGGCCAGAAGUUGAUGUCAGCCUACCUAAAGCAGAUAUUGAAUUGAAUGCCCCAAACUUGGAUAUCAAAGGACCAGAUUACGACAUUGACAGCCCAAGUGGUAAAAUCAAAGGACCCAAAUUCAGCAUGCCAAACAUUUCAGGCCCGCAACUUUCCAUGCCAGAUGUGGAUUUCCACCUGAAAGGUCCUAAAAUAAAAGGUGAUGUGGAUAUGUCAGUACCAAAGAUAAAGGGAGACAUGAAAACACCUGAAGUUGACAUCAAAGGUCCACAGGUUGAUAUUGAAGGUCCCAAAGGUGGAUUUGAAAUGCCUAAAAUGAAAAUGCCAACAUUUGGCUUCAAAGGUCCCAAAAUGGAGGUUCCAGAUGUUGAUGUAAACCUUCCCAAAGCUAACAUUGAUUUUAAAGUACCUGAUGUUGACAUUAAAGGGAUGGACUUUGAUGUUGAAGGUCCUGAUGCAAAAUUGAAAGGACCCAAAAUCCAACUGCCAUCACUAUCAGGACCCAAGCUGCCAGAAUGGGAUGUGAGUCUGAAAGGGCCCAAAAUGAAGGGAGACUUCGAUGUGUCAGUGCCAAAGAUUGAGGGUGACAUAAAAGCUCCAAAGGUUGAUUUUGAAGGACCAGAUGUCGACAUUGAUGGCCACAAAGCAGGCUUCAAAAUGCCAAAACUUAAAAUGCCAUCCUUUGGGCUUCAAGGACCAAAUGUUGAAGGGCCAGCAGUUGAUGUCAGCCUACCGAAAGCUGAUAUUAACAUUAACGCUCCUGAAGUUGACAUCAAAGGUCCAGAGUUGAAUAUUAAAGGGCCUAAGGGUGGAUUUGAAAUGCCUAAAAUGUCUUUGCCAUCAUUUAACAUCAAAGGUCCAAAUGUGGAGGGUUCAGAUGUUGAUAUAAAACUUCCCAAAGGAAACAUUGAUGUAAAAGCACCUGAUGUGGAUGUCAAAGCGCCUAGAGUCAAAGCAAAGAUGGAUGCAACAGUGCCCAAUUUGGAAGCAGAUAUCAGUGGUCCUAAUGCUAACAUUGCUGUACCUACCACUGGUGUUACAUUUCCCAAGUUUAAAGCUCCUAAAUUUGGAAUUAAAUCCCCAGCAAUUGAGGGGAAAACACAAAGCUCAAAAAUAGAAAUUAGUCCCCCAGAUACUGAAGCAAGUCUUGAUAUCCCUGAUAUUAAUGUCAACACAAAGGGGAAAAAGGGGAAAUUCAAACUUCCUAAAGUGAAAGGAAGGGCAAAGAAACCUGAUAUAAACAUAGAAACACAAGCAGCAGACCUGGAUUUAGACACACCCAAUAUUCAUGUCAAAGGAACAAAGGUAAAGAAGCCUCUUUUUGGUAAGCUUCAUUUUCCUGAUGUGGAAUUAGAUAUAAAAUCACCAAAAUUGAGAGGUGAUGGAUCUUUAUCAGAAGGAUUCAAUUCACCUGACACAGAUUUUCCAUCUGCUAGCUUGAACACUGCUUUUGAAAGUUCUGGUAUUGACAGUCCAAAUGUUCAUUUGGGAGAGACAGAUGUGAAAUUGAAUCCUAAAUUAAAAAUGCCAAAUGUGAACGUGUCCACUUCUGAUGCAAGUCUUAACAGAGAGGCAACCAUGUCUGCAGGUUUUAAAGGCCCAAAAAUAAAUGUGAAAGGUGGUGCAGAGAUUGAUGCAAGUGUUCCAGGGGGCAGUGCAAGUGGUGGCCUUCAUUACCCAGAAGGUACUGUAACAUUUCCAAAAAUCAAAGUACCAAAAUUUGGUAUUGCACUGCCUCAGCUGGAAGGCCAGGCAGGUGGAGGAAAUGUUGAAUCAGCUAGUGGAGGAAUGAAUAUCAAGUCCCCAUCUGUCAGUUGCCAAGUCAGUUCACAAAAUAUAGAGGUUCCCAGUCCAGAACUGAGGCACAGAGAAGGAAAGGUAAAGGUAAAGAUGCCAAAAAUGUUUGGCAAAUCAAAAGUAAAGGGCAGUAGUGCAGGUGACCUUCGAGGACCAGAGGUAGAAUUGAGUACAAGUGGAAAAGGCAGUAAGGUACAUACUGGGGAACUGAUGGGUGGAAAAGUAGAAGUAGAGGGUGAUGGUGGGCUCAGUGUGUCAACUAAAGGCAAGUCAGCCUCACUUGAUCUAUUUAAGAAAUCAAGGCAUCGGUCUUCUUCUCUUAGUGAUGAGGGGGGUCUUGCAGUAAGUUCUCCUUCAGCUCACUUAGAAGCUGAGGGUGGUGACAUUUCAGUAGACCUAGGAGGAAGCAAGGUCAAAGGAAAGAAAGGCAAGUUGAAGUUUGGCACCUUCGGAGGUUUUGGUUCAAAGUCAAAGGGCUCAUAUGAAGUGUCACUUGGUGAGGAGGGUGAAGCAGGUGCAGGUGUUCAUCUACCCUCUAAAAAAUCUAGAUUGUCUUCAUCUUCAAGCAGUGACAGUGGUUCAAGAGGUGGUUUCAGGUUCCCAAGACUUGAAUUCUCUGUUUCACCAAAGAAAUGAUUAAUUAUGAGGUAAAUUAAACUCUUUCAUGAAAACCCAAAUAGACUGUUCUAAUAUGGUUAAUUCUUCAAUGUAUCAUUUUUUAAAACCUAAGAACACGUACACAGUCAUCUCAUUAUAUUAACUAUGUGUCAUUCUUUUCAGUAGUUAGAGUGCAUGAGAUUGUUCAAAAUCCCUUAUAACUGUAAAUAAGAUAAAUUUGUAUUGUAGUAAUAAAUAUUGUUUUUUGUACAUAGUCCAGAUUUAUUGAACACAUGCCAUCCCACCAAAUUUUCAUAAAAAGUUUAUUACAGGGUUGUCAUUUUGUCUUAUUUUAUUCUAUUAAAUGAAUGUUAUUAAUGAACAGGUGUGGUAUAUUUGUAUCCAGGGGUCUAUUGCACAGAACAGAUAGUUACAAGUGUUUUUUUGAAGGAAGAAGUUGUUUGUACUCCCACACUCAAAUAUAAGCAGUUAACAGUUCUUUAAUGUAUGAAAUGAUUUUAUUUUCAAGCUUUGUAAGUAUAUAAUCAGUGUAGAAGUAAUUUUAGGCAACAUAGAGCUGGCCCUUUAUAACCCAUUCUAAAGACUAAUGGUGUUGUGUAAACCAUAUUUGCAAAGACAAUCAAUGUUUAGAAACUACCAAAGUGCUGUUCAUUUUUUAAGAAACUUUAUUCACCCUCUGAUUGUGUAACAUUUACGAAAAAUAUGCAUUGUUUCAUUUGUUUUAAACAUGUUUUGCUUCCCAAUCCUGUGUCAUUUUGAUCACCUGUUUUAUGAUCCUUUGUAUUUUAUUUCCUGUCACUCCAUUUGUACACCCACCUUAUGAUAAUGUAAAAAAACAAAACAAAUAAACUUUCACUUUUUGUUUGCAAAAACAAAUCUGUGUUAAUAGCGAGUUGCAUAGUUUGUUCAGAUAUGAUGGAGAUAGAGCAUGAUUCUUUGGGUCUAUUCUUUUGUGUGCAUUUUGCCAAAAAAACUAAAUAAAAAGAUUUAUAGAAUAAAUAA